CACUGUCACCUGCGAAGGGAGCCCCUCAAGGAUCCAGACGCACUCCUGGGCAUGUGGCGGGCACUGAGCCGAGCGGAAGGCGGCCACGCUCGGAAAAAGAAUUUGGUGUUCACCUGGCAGAGCUGACCGUGGACCCUCAGGGGGCACUGGCAAUCCGUCAGCUGGCGUCGGUCAUUCUGAAGCAGUACGUGGAGACUCACUGGUGCGCCCAGUCAGAGAAGUUCCGGCCCCCGGAGACCACAGAAAGGGCAAAAGCUGUCAUCCGGGAGCUGCUGCCCAACGGGCUGAGAGAGUCGAUAAGCAAGGUGCGCUCCAGCGCGGCCUACGCCGUGUCGGCCGUUGCCCACUGGGACUGGCCGGAGGCUUGGCCCCAGCUCUUCAGCCUGCUCAUGGAGAUGCUGGUGAGCGGAGACCUGAACGCGGUCCACGGAGCCAUGCGCGUGCUGACAGAAUUCACUCGAGAAGUGACGGACACGCAGAUGCCGCUCGUUGCCCCUGUCAUCCUUCCAGAGAUGUACAGGAUCUUCACCAUGGCCGAGGUGUAUGGUAUUCGAACCCGUUCCCGUGCUGUGGAGAUUUUCACCACUUGUGCCCACAUGAUCUGUAACAUGGAGGAACUGGAGAAGGGUGCGGCCAAGGUCCUGAUCUUUCCCGUGGUGCAGCAGUUCACAGAGGCCUUCGUCCAGGCCCUGCAGAUACCGGACGGCCCCACGUCUGACAGCGGGUUCAAGAUGGAAGUCCUCAAGGCAGUGACAGCCCUGGUGAAAAACUUCCCAAAGCACAUGGUGUCUUCCAUGCAGCAAAUUCUGCCUAUUGUUUGGAACACCUUAACUGAGAGUGCAGCCUUUUACGUGAGGACAGAGGUGAACUACACAGAAGAGGUAGAAGACCCUGUGGACUCUGACGGUGAAGUCCUGGGCUUUGAAAAUCUCGUCUUUAGCAUUUUUGAAUUUGUCCACGCUCUACUAGAAAACAGCAAGUUCAAAAGCACUGUUAAAAAAGCCCUGCCGGAGCUGAUUUACUACGUCAUCCUGUACAUGCAGAUCACUGAGGAGCAGAUCAAAGUGUGGACGGCCAACCCCCAGCAGUUUGUAGAAGAUGAAGACGAUGAUACUUUUUCCUACACCGUUAGGAUUGCAGCACAAGACCUGCUGCUGGCUGUGGCCACUGAUUUCCAGAACGAGAGUGCGGCCGCCCUGGCCGCUGCAGCCACGCGGCACCUACAGGAGGCCGAGCAGACCAGGAGCAGCGGCGCCGAGCACUGGUGGAAGACUCACGAGGCCUGCAUGCUGGCCCUGGGCUCAGUGAAGUCCGUCCUCACCGACGGUGUGAAGAGCGGCCGGGUCCACUUUGACAUGCACGGGUUCCUGGCCGGCGUCGUCCUGGCAGACCUCAGCCUCUCAGUGUCUCCUUUCCUCUUGGGCCGGGCCCUUUGGGCUGCCAGUCGGUUCACUGUUGCUAUGUCCCCUGAACUGAUCCAGCAGUUUCUUCAGGCAACAGUUAGUGGUCUUCAUGAGACACAGCCCCCAUCCGUUCGAAUUUCUGCUGUGCGAGCCAUCUGGGGGUACUGUGACCAGCUCAAGGUCUCCGAGAGCACCCACGUGCUUCAGCCCUUCCUCCCCAGCAUCCUGGACGGCUUGAUCCACCUGGCGGCCCAGUUUAGCUCAGAGGUCCUCAACCUUGUGAUGGAGACCCUGUGCAUCGUCUGCACAGUGGACCCGGAGUUCACAGCCAGCAUGGAAGGCAAAAUCUGCCCCUUCACCAUCGCCAUCUUCCUCAAGUACAGUAACGAUCCUGUGGUCGCCUCGUUGGCUCAAGACAUCUUCAAGGAGCUGUCCCAGAUUGAGGCCUGUCAGGGCCCGAUGCAGAUGAGACUGAUUCCCACUCUGGUCAGCAUCAUGCAGGCCCCCGCAGACAAGAUCCCCGCUGGGCUCUGCGCGACAGCCAUCGACAUCCUGACCACGGUGGUGCGGAAUACGAAGCCCCCCCUUUCCCAGCUUCUCAUCUGCCAGGCUUUCCCUGCCGUGGCCCAGUGCACCCUCCACACAGACGACAACGCCACCAUGCAGAAUGGCGGAGAGUGCCUGCGGGCCUAUGUGUCGGUGGCGCUGGAGCAGGUGGCCCAGUGGCGUGAUGAGCAGGGCCACAGCGGGCUGUGGUACGUGAUGCAGGUGGUGAGCCAGCUCCUGGACCCCCGCACCUCUGAGUUCACCGCCGCCUUUGUGGGCCGCCUCGUGUCCACCCUGAUCUCCAAGGCUGGGCAGGAGCUGGGGGAGAACCUGGACCAGAUUCUCCGUGCCAUCCUCAGCAAGAUGCAGCAGGCGGAGACGCUCAGCGUCAUGCAGUCCCUGAUCAUGGUGUUCGCCCACCUGGUGCACACUCAGCUGGAGCCCCUCCUGGAGUUCCUGUGCAGCCUCCCGGGACCCACCGGCAAGCCCGCCCUGGAGUUCGUGAUGGCCGAGUGGACCAGCCGGCAGCACCUGUUCUACGGGCAGUACGAGGGCAAAGUCAGCUCCGUGGCGCUGUGCAAGCUGCUCCAGCACGGCAUCACCGCGGACGACAGGCGGCUGCAGGACAUCCGCGUGAAGGGCGAGGAGAUCUACGGCCUGGACGAGGGCGUCCGCACCCGCUCCAAGUCGGCCAAGAACCCCGAGCGCUGGACGAACGUCCCCCUGCUGGUCAAGAUCCUAAAGCUGAUCAUCAACGAGCUGUCGAGCGUCAUGGAGGCCAACGCCGCCCGCCAGGCCACACCCGCGGGCUGGGGCCCAGAUGAUGCCAAUGACAUGUGGGAGGACCAGGACGAGGACGAGGACGAGGAGGAGGACGGGCUUGCCGGCCAGCUCCUGUCGGACAUCCUCGCUACGAGUAAAUACGAGGAGGAUUACUACGAGGAUGACGAGGAAGACGACCCCGACGCCCUGAAGGACCCCCUCUAUCAGAUCGACCUCCAGGCGUACCUCACGGACUUCCUGUGCCAGUUCGCGCAGCAGCCCUGCUACGCCGUGUUCUCGGGCCACCUCAGCGAUGGCGAGAGGCGGGUGCUGCAGACCAUCGGCAUCUAACUGGCCCCCCCAGCCCGGCCACACCGGUUCGCAGCCCUUCCCGGCCGUGAGAUGCACUUCUCUCUCAACCUCGAGUGGCCUCGUGACCCGGCCCUGGCCUUUGCAGAGUGACAGUGACCGUUCAUUAGUGCUGUCGCUAAGGAAUGCUGGGACAAAGGGCCCUUUCCAGAGGCCCCCGAAGAACCUUCCUCCCCCUGACCGGCCCCCACCUCUGUUCCUAGAGUCCUCUGCUGGCCAGUCCGGAAACAGGCUGCCCAGGAACAGUGUGUGUCAUGGAUUACUUUGCCCCGGCCCAGGAGCACAGGACCAUUUAUGUUCUAAAACAGACCUGUUUACCUUCGUAGGACAUCUGACGUGUCCGGUAGGAACACCCUUGAGAAAGGUGCCCUCCGCCCUCCGCCACAGACGCCGGGGUCUCAGGAGCGACACGAAGGAGCCCCGGGGGCCUCUCCUCCUGGACGUCGGUUCUGCCUCGUCGCAUGGCAGCCCCUCCUGAAGCUGUUCCUCCGUGUCUGUGCGCACAGGGCAAGCCAGACAGAUGGCAACUUGGUUUUCCUUUUUUAGAAAGAAAAAAAUUGGGGAAAACAUUUUUUUUAAGCCCUCCUGACCCAACUACAUUUAACAUGUCUCCCCACAUUGCCGCGCAGUCUGACGUGCAGAGGGCCCACUUCCUCAGGAACCCUCCCCGGUGGCUGAGGUGUAGCCCUCAGGUCUGCAACGUGUAUUUUUCUAGGAGAGUAAAGCAGUCUUUACAAACGAG